AUGAGUGAACCGGAGAUGGUACGACGUCUUAUGCGUAGCCAACGCGUAUGGUGGUGGAUGGGUUCAUUAGUUAUAGGCAGUGUAGGUUUAAUAGCCUUUGGACCGGAACUUAAACUUGGCAUGAGCAAACACACGGCAGAAGUAGCGUCUCGUUCGCUCCAGGAUGAGACACUGAGAGGCAACACACGGGAGCUGGCAUCACAGAUUGUGCAGACAGUACUGAAUGACCCCAAGGUGUUGGAUCAAGCAUGUGGAUUUUUGCAAAGGCUUGUGAUGAUGGAAUCGACACGUAAAACCUUGAGGGCCUUGGUGAUUCAUACGCUGGACGAUCCAAUGAUUCGGUCGCAAGCGGCGGACUUGACCAAGCAAACAAUGGCGGCGCUACUGAGAGAUCCUAAUACGCUGCAGCAUAUUGUAAACUUGAUACGCAUGACAGUACUGGACCCACAUGCAAAAGAGGCAUUGCUGGUGCUCUUGGAGCAGAUUAUGCAAGACAAACAAACGCGAGGACAAUUGACGCAGUUGUUGGCACAUACUUUGUUGCAAGAUAUAGUGAAGCAGAAUGUGGUCAAGACUCUUAGUGACUCGGUUCAUGACGUUUUGAGCCAAGGAGACGUUCAAAAUCAUGCCAAAGAGUUUGUCAGUGGUGUGGUUCAAGACCAGACCGUACAAGCUCAAAGCGGAGAGGCAAUCUGGGGUACUUUCAUGUACGCGCUCACGCCUAGAUGGCUUUCGUGGAUAUGGGAGAACCCGAAUGAGCUGGCUAACGAUAGUGCGCCCACAUCCCUAUCAGCAGAGGCGGCCAAAGUUAUGGUAGCUGCAACAAUUGUUGAAAACGAGCUGGCAAAGCAAAAGAAGAAGGAUCAAGAUGACGACACGUCCUCGGCGGAGGGAACAAAUGAUAAGCCAGCAAUGUCUACCGUGCCAUCACACGCACAUUCUGCUGAAUAA